CCGCGGCAGGUAGUCAGGUACGCGCGCAUCGCUACCUGAAAUUCACAGUAGCAUAGGAAGAGCGGCGCUAGGAAGGGGGCACGACGUACGGAGCCAUGGCCUCCGGCGCGGUGAGCCCCGCGUUCGCCUACACCAUCGUGUACGUGAGGGACGUGGAGAAGUCGGCCGCCUUCUACGCCGCCGCCUUCGGCUCCGCCGUCCGCCGCCUCGACCAGUCCCACAAGUGGGCGGAACUGGAGAGCGGGGCGACGACGAUCGCGUUCACGCCGCUGCACCAGCGGGAGACGGACGGGCUCUCCGGGGAGGUGCAGCUGCCGGACGCCGCCGCCGCGCGGGACCCCGUGGAGGUCUGCUUCGUCUACGCGGACGUCGACGCGGCCUACAGGCGCGCCGUGGAGAACGGGGCGGUGCCCGUGAGCGCGCCGGAGCAGAAGCCGUGGGGGCAGAAGUCCGGCUUCGUGCGGGACAUGGACGGGAACAUCGUGCGCAUCGGGAGCCACGUCCGCGAGUGACAGAUGACCAGGCUCGGUCGAUCCCCCGGCUGCUUAGCUUGCUGCCGAUGAGAAAUCUCGUAAAGUUUUGAGAUUUUGAAAAGAACUAAACAAGGCCCACAUCCGUAUGCUCGCACACACUUUAUCCCAGGCCGCACACCGCGCGUCAAUACUCGCGCG